UGGAUUUCAAAGCUUCGAGUCAAGAACAUACAAAGCCCAAAACAAAACUCCGUCACAUUUGUAUUCUAACGCGUGUCUGGGUCAGAGUCUUCGCUGUGAUCAGUGACUAUUAAACAUUCAUCUGCAUAUAUAACCCUGUCCAAUUUACGCCUACCGAUUCUCCUUUCUAACUCUUUUGGCAACCCGUUAGCCCGAAUCUAGGGAGAGAAAGCUAGGCGGUCAGCCGUAAUCUCCAUAGUCAAAUCUCGGGUUCACUCCUGCGCAGAAAAUGGCUGAUGGUGAGGAUAUCCAGCCACUUGUAUGUGACAAUGGAACUGGAAUGGUGAAGGCUGGAUUUGCCGGUGAUGAUGCUCCAAGAGCAGUAUUUCCCAGUAUUGUUGGUCGCCCUCGACAUACAGGUGUCAUGGUUGGGAUGGGACAGAAGGAUGCCUAUGUGGGUGAUGAAGCUCAGUCUAAGAGGGGUAUCUUGACCUUGAAAUACCCAAUUGAGCAUGGCAUUGUCAGUAACUGGGAUGAUAUGGAAAAAAUUUGGCACCACACUUUCUACAAUGAAUUACGUGUCGCUCCUGAGGAGCACCCUGUCCUUCUCACCGAAGCACCCCUCAACCCAAAAGCAAAUAGAGAGAAGAUGACUCAAAUAAUGUUUGAGACCUUCAAUGUUCCUGCAAUGUAUGUUGCUAUUCAGGCUGUGCUCUCCUUGUAUGCCAGCGGUCGCACAACUGGUAUUGUUCUGGAUUCUGGUGAUGGUGUGAGCCAUACUGUACCAAUAUAUGAAGGUUAUGCUCUUCCUCAUGCCAUCCUCCGUCUGGACCUUGCUGGACGUGACCUCACCGAUCACCUCAUGAAGAUCCUCACUGAGAGAGGUUACAUGUUCACUACAACUGCCGAGAGAGAAAUUGUUCGUGACAUGAAGGAAAAACUUGCUUACGUGGCACUCGAUUACGAGCAGGAGCUUGAAACUGCAAAGAGCAGUUCUUCUGUUGAGAAGAACUAUGAGUUGCCUGAUGGACAGGUCAUCACCAUUGGGGGAGAAAGGUUCCGUUGCCCAGAAGUCCUUUUCCAGCCAUCUAUUAUUGGGAUGGAAGCUGCUGGUAUUCAUGAGACCACAUACAACUCGAUUAUGAAGUGUGAUGUGGAUAUCAGGAAGGAUCUGUAUGGUAAUAUUGUUCUCAGUGGUGGGUCUACAAUGUUCCCUGGCAUUGCUGAUCGUAUGAGCAAGGAAAUCACUGCUUUGGCUCCCAGCAGUAUGAAGAUUAAGGUGGUUGCACCGCCUGAAAGAAAAUACAGUGUUUGGAUUGGUGGAUCCAUCCUUGCCUCCCUCAGCACUUUCCAGCAGAUGUGGAUUUCAAAAGGGGAGUAUGAGGAGUCUGGCCCAUCAAUUGUCCACAGGAAGUGCUUCUAAAAUGCUUCUACUGUUACUAUUACUACUACUUAGAGGGGGACUGCGACAACGGUUUGCCUUUUCUGCCUUAGAUGUGUCAUUACUAGCAAGUGUUUGUAGUUGGUGAGCGUUUGAUUGUGAUGUGUUUUUUCUCUUUCUUUUCAAUUUCUUAUUAUAUGGCUCUUUAAUCAGCUGGCGGACUUAUGUUAAUAGUUUAUUGCAAGGCAAAUUUUAUGAUACUUUGUUUUGGAAAGUAUUGUGAUGGUCAGGUUGGAAGGUUCUGUGUUUUUUAUCCACGUGGAUGGAUGCAUGUGUAAUUUGUGUUUUUUUUCGUAUUUGAAGAAUCGGCUUAGAAUUAUCUCCUGAAUAAUUUUUCCAUAUUUAAUUAUGCUCACAUAUUAUUUAUAGCUUUGGGUUCUGUUUGAGAUUGUGUACAGUGAUAUACAAUAUUGUGCAUACAAUAUGCUAUUAUUCGAUACAUAGAGCUGGUUUGGUAUAAUGUUCAAUCUUGAACGAGAUUAUAACAUGACAGUCUAAGAAAUCACCAGAUUUUCAAGAGUUCAGGUAACACACCCAUACUGUACACAGUGCUACCACGCAUUAUAUCUUACAGUUCAAAUUCAAUGCAUAUAUAUAACAGGAGUAUUAACAAAUGAUAAAUCUUAUAAUUUAUGCUCACAAUAGAUAACUUUGUUUUUUCAUGUUGCGAGUGCUCUAAAGUAUAUUAGGUGUUAGGCAGGGUGGUACACAAGGAGCUUAUGUGAUCAUUACAGGGCAAUUUAGUCAUGGAUGGGUAUGGGGAUUAAGGGCUUAGGGGUGUUUGGAUCCGAUUCUUAAAACUGCUUCUGCUCCUUUGAGGAGUAGAAGCAGAAGUUGGAGUGUUUGAGUGAAAAUGUAGAAGUGGUUCUGGUGUUCUGAUUUACUCCUAGAAUCAGUUUUUUUAGAAGCUGAGGGUGACCAGCUUCUGAAAACUUAUUUUGAUUCUGCUUCUGCUUUAAAAAAG